AUCCUUAGAUUAAGAUAAAAAAUAAAGUCAUCUUUGAGUGUUUUUAUUUAUUUAUUUUUUUUUAUUCAUCUGUCCGUGUUGACAAGCGCGCUUGAUCCAGGCAUGACCAAGCGCACCAAAUCAGCGGCGAGCUACCAAGAGAAAUGUCGAACUUGUGCAACACUCUGCCUUAUUCUUGCAUCUACCUCGAUGUCGACUGGAAGAGUAUUUUAUGUGCCCUGAAGGACUGUUUAUCAAUAUAUCAUUCCAUCACCCGAAAGCAAGUGAUUGAAAGAAUUCGGAAUAUCUGGACAAAACCUCAAAAUCAGAACUUUGUACUACCAUGUCUGUCUGUACGGAGUGGGCUAGAUUUGUAUCUUCAAGUUCAAAACUUCCCUCCUGGAUCCGAGAUAAUUGUUUCAGCUGUGAAUAUCCCUGAUAUCCCUUACAUCAUCCAUCAUCAUGGACUUCAGAUUGUCUCCCUUGAUAUUGAUGUUGAAACAACUGCACCAAAGAUUGAUUUCUUUGAACAUCUGAUCAGCAAAAAGACUGUUGCUCUUUUAGUUGCUCACAUUUAUGGAAAGAUUUUUGAUCUCACACCUUUCAUUGAAAUAACUAAAAGACACAACCUUGUCGUGAUAGAGGACUCUGCAGAAGGUUUCUGUGGUUUUAAUUACUUAGGACAUCCAGAAGCAGAUAUCACUUUAUUUAGUUUUGGAACCAUUAAAUAUUGUACAUGCUUAGGUGGUGCCAUUGCCAAAAUCCGUGACAAAGCUAUUUAUGAAAAGAUGGACCAUAUACAAGAUAACUAUUCCUGCCAAAGUUCAAACAAUUAUUUAAAGAAAAUAAUGAAAUGUUGUUUACUUUAUCUUCUUCUUGACUGUCCUAAUCUGAUUAAACCAAUUUUAUGCAUCCUCCAGAUUUUAUAUUUAGAUUAUCGACAGAGUGUCACAAAGCUGGUCCGGGGUUUCCCAGGUGAUUUAAUGUAUCUAAUUCGGUUCCAGCCAUCAUUAGCAUUACUGUUGGUCAUGUUGCAUAGGUUUGAGACAUUCUCUCCUGAUGAAAUAAACAUAUGUUGUUUCAAAGGGGAAUAUGUCAGUCAUCAACUGGCAAACAUUGUAACUGUUGUUGGUCAUAAAUCUCCUAUCAACACCUACUGGCUCUUCCCCAUCAUAGUGAAAAAUCCAUUUGAGGUGAUGAAUGGGCUAAACUCUCUUGGAGUUGAGGCACACCGUUCAUCUACACAGCUGACUUUUAUUGAAUCCGACCAGAAACCUGAAGACACUUCUGUUGACUUAGUGCCUUACUACCCUCAUGAAGCUAAACAUUUGAUGAAAAACAUUAUCUACUUACCUGUUACAAAAGCUGUACCAUUCCAUGUUCUUGACCAAAUGACCAUUGCAGUUAAAUAUAUUGUAACAAAGAAUAAAUAUGAAUAUUCUCAUAAAAUUCUAUCUAAACUAUAAAAUCAAAUGUUUAUCAUGGAAACAGAUGCCAUUUUUUUAUUAUUCAAAAGAACUUCAGCUAUUUUCUGCUCAAAGACAAUUUUUUAAACUUAAAAGUUUUAUUUAUUUUAUAUAAGUGUCCAUUUUAAAUAUUUUCUGUAAUUUGGCACUUUUGAAUUUGUAUUAAUUAUCUAAUUUUAUUCCAAAAUCUACAAGUUAUUUUUCUUUCCACAUUCUUAAAACCCUUCCAAGGUGAAAAAUGUGAAUUAAAGGGGAAAAAUUUUUUAAAGCAUGAAUGCUAUUAGAAAUAAUACAAUUACAUUAUGAUUUGGGUGUUUAUAAUAUAUACUGGAAGUCAAAACAAAAAUUCUUAUAUAAUUAAUAUUCAUUCUUUUGCUGAUUCAGUCAUUUGACUAUGACCAUACUGGGGCAUCUCCUGUAAUUAUAUUGAUUAUAAAACAUCACAACUUCACUGGUAUUUAUUUUAAUGACUUCCAAAAGAUAACGAGACAGGAGUGACUUAGGCAGGAUUUGAACUCUGAAUGUAAAAGAAUGUAACCAAAUAACACAGAGUAUUCUGUUUGGUGCUUCACUAAUUCUUCUUUCCUCUGCCCAUCCCAUGUCAACGGAAUUUCUUUUUUUUCUUUUCUUGUGAGCAAUGAAGGGAUACUUUCUUGUAAUAUUUAGGAAUUUAUCAUCCCCUCAUCAGUAAGUUUCUAAAAUAAUAUAUCUGUUAUUUGUCAAUUAUCAAUGAAGACAACUUUAAAAUAAUUUCUUAGAAUACAUUAUGUUUAGUUCUCUAACCCAUACCAGCAUGGAAAACAGACGUUAAAUGAUGGUGUGUGGUGUGUGACAUUACAUUUUCAUAUAUAAUUGUUUAUCACAAUCUUUAUUUCAUAGUUCUGACCAUGUUUAGAGUAGCAUACCAAUAACUUCUUUGUUUUUUACUCCCUGAAAUAGUAUCUGUUGAGUAUAUAUCUCCCUUACCUUAAAAUCAUUCAACCUUGAACAGAUAUACUGGAGUAUUAGACCACCAACUCAUGAAUCAUGAGUUCAAAUUAACUGCUGACUUCUCAUUGAAUUUCUGAAUAGAUCACUUUAUUCUGUAUUGCCUCACUUCAUCUUGCUGUUGGAACAGAUACCAGGUCAUCUGGGAAAGUUACCUAAAAUAUUCCAACAUCCUGUCCAAGAGUGGAUUUAUGUUUCAUAUAUUUCACACCAUAAAACUAGUAUUAAGCAUCAGUUCCUAUGAAGCUCUUCAGACUUCCAGAUAUUAUUAUUGUUAUUAUUAUUUAUAAUAGAAGGAAAGACUACAAAGAUGAACAAGGAAGGGGUUCUUAUGGAAAACAGUUCUAGGAAGAUUCGAUUAAGUAUUAUUGUUUAUCAUGAGGUACAGCAAUUAACACAUCUUAAGUAUUAAUGAGACAAUGAAAAUUCUCACAAUAUUUUUCAAGACUUGAGGCAAGUGGAAAUAUAUUACUUCUAAGAUAAUACUCCCAAUUUAAUGUCCUAACAAAUGUUAUAAAUAAUCUCAAUGAGGAUGUAUACUAUUUUGUUACUACUAAAACUGCUUGACAAUUAUCACUAUUUUAUAUUUUUCUAAUCAUGAAGUUGAUGGUUGAUAAUUUUAUUUUUAUUGAUAAAUAAAUGCAUAUAUAUUAAUUUAUAUA